ACCCAUGAUGCCUCUCGUCUCGCCCGACCCCCAAAACGGAAACAGUUAGUCGUGAAACUUAAAUCGCGAGCGGGAGCAGGCGGUCAGUCGGUUGGUGAGGCUAAAGUGUAGCGUUCGGCGCUUUAAACACACAGAUUCACUUCAAUGGACCCGGCUCGGUUCUGGGCAGCGUCGCUAAAUCGCUGAUUCGGUUGAAGAGAGGGCGGAUUACGGAAACUUAACCCGAGAGCGACGGUGUCGACGGGGCAAAGUUUAGCUAACGAGGAGUGAGUCAACAGAUUCAAAGAUGAUCAUGAAGGGGCAGAAGCGAAAGCUCCUAGCAGAAGAUUCAGACCCAAGCAGCCCGACGUGGGAGAGCCAGCGGGAGUUUGUGUUCUCGGUUUCACUAAGCAAGUACCAGCGCGGCCAGGAGCUUCCAGAACCCAGUCUCCGGCGGUCCGUUCUGAUUGCCAACACCCUGAGGCAGAUCAAUCUCGAGGCUUACAGGGCCCAGUCUUUCAACCAGACGUUACAGCCUCUGUGUAGCUCUUCAUCUCCACUCCAGGUGACAGAGCAGGAUAAUGUUUUUACUGAAGUCACUUCAGUGAACUAUCAUUCUGCAGUAACUGUGAUAAAUAGCCACCCAGCUCCUAACAUGUGUCCACAGUUUUCAACAGAUUCAACACAACUGUCAAAUAUUCCAGGUUUCCACUCAAGUACAUCGCAUGUGUCUGUAGAUGUGGUAGAGGAAGAUGAGGACUGGGGGUCAAUGUCCACUGACUCUGAUUUCUCCCUCUCAGCUGCCAUUUCCUCCAUUCUCACUGCACUAGAGACUACCAUUGAUGGGAGUCCACCGUCAGCUCAACGAACACCUCUCAGGUCCCUGGAGAACCUGUCUGGAUCCUCCUAUGGAGGUGUGGCAGGUAUAAAGCAGGGAGUACGAGGGAGUGGGGGCAGUUGGGAGCAACAUGAGUUCAGAGCAUGUGAGAGCAGUGUGGAGGUGAUGAGGUCUAGUUAUCUAAGUGAUCUCACUAUGGAGGAUCUAUUCCAGGACAUAGACACAUCCCUGCUGGAGAGAGACACAGGAGUGUUGGGACUUAGAAGUGGGGAUGGAUUCCCGUCUGCGGAUGAUUCUCUGUGCUACCUGCCGUCUUUGUCUUCCUCCCUGGUCCCUCCUUUCAACCAGAAGUGCCUGCCUUCAUUCUCCUCAUUCAGCCCACUGUCCCCCUCAUUCAGUUCAGCUCAGUUCACCUCUUCGCCAACAUCGUCUCCUUUCUCAGGACCGGGCUUUGUGAAAGAAGGACUGGAACUGGACCAUGUAAUGGAGGUUCUGGUGGAGUCUUAGUCUCAUUGACAUACUGUAAAAAGUCCACAUCAGGAUGAUGAAACCUGAAUAUUCACAAACUGAGUUGCUGAAUCAAAGGGCUGGACAGUCACGUUUUUAUUUGCUUUGUUAAUCAUAUGUACUUCCCCUCAAGAUUGUUUAUGGGCUUUGAAAAGAUCAGAAUGUUCUGGAAAUUGUGAAUGGUUAAUGUACUAGAUGAAAAGGCCAGCAGAGGAAGUGGCUGUGCGUCCGACAGCUUUUAGUGCUACCUGAAGGUUUGUGUCAGACUGAAAACUAUGUGCGCGGUGAGACUUUUUUUUUCUCUUAAUGGCGCAAGAAUGAGUCAGUGCUCAGUGAACUGCUGAGAGCAUUUUACUGCAGCUUUGGGUGACUCAGCUAGUUGGAAUUGGUGAAGCUUAAAGUAAAUCUGUGUUCACAUUGAACACAGUUGUCUGUAUUAAAACCAAACCAGCAGCUAGCGGUAUUCUGCUGCUGAAUGAUGCAGCGUAUUCAGUGGGCAGCACAAAGGACAAAUCCUUAAGUUGGAAGAGAAUGUGAUUUGGCACAAGCGGAAGGAAGCCGAAACACUAAUGUAGUCAAAUCUUCUGUGAAGAAAUCCUUGAUAAUAGUUGAGUCCUUACAGGGAAGCGGUAUCAGAUGCUAAAAGGUCAAAUCAGGUCAGUCUGUGUACAGGCAUUCAGAGAAAUGUGAGUUUAACACAUUGAAAGUUUUACAUUUAUCAAUGGGUUAUAAAGUUGACUGUUUUAAAUGUGUCCUUCCGUUUUAUUUCAGUAACCAGUAGUUGUAGCUUUUUCAUUAUUGUAUUAGCUGUACAGCCACUCAGUGAAAACACAGAACUUCCUGAGUGCAGCAGCGUUUUCAUGGCUCUGACCUCCAAGCUGUGAACAGUUUCUCAUCAGUCCCAUUUGUUUCAGUGGCGUUCAGUGAUAAAACAUCAGUAAAAGUGCAAUAACUCAACUCAACAGAGCACGUGGUUCAUGUACAAAAGGAAAAGGUUUUAGCUGUAAAUGAAGCAGCUGUUGAUGCGGACGCCCUGUCAGCCACGUGAUGUGGGCCGGUUCUGUCCCGUUAAUGGAUCGGGUGCUUCCUGGGCAGAGGUCCUGUCCGAGUAGCUGAGCUGCAGCGUCCAAACUAUUUAUAAUAUUUCAUGGCUGUUAUUUUACUUUUGUAUUCUUAAAUAUUUGAAUGGUUCAGUCUUAGAAUGGACUCAUACUAUGUAUUUAGACUUUGUUAAAAAGAAAAUGUCUGUUUAUUGACGUUCUUAAUAAAAUGUAAAAUUGU